AUGGCUACUUCAGACGAUGCAUCUUUACCUCGAAGCACAUCUGCUGGAUUUCCAGAUUCCCUCACUCAUUUCUUGCUAGUAGUUGUUGGAGAACCAUUAGCAGAGGACAAAAUUGAUUUGAUCUUGGCGGAAGUAGAGAAAGGUCUGAAGAACUGGAAUAUAGAUGGUGAUGCAGUAGAUUACAAUGAUGUUCUCAAGUCUGUAGCAGAGGCCAGUCCAAUCAAGACCGGACUAGUCCAUGUCAGCUUUGGUUAUGCCGGUGCCCAUCUGGGUAUAGUGGUCCUCAUCAAUCCUACAUCAGAGCAUCUGUCUCAGGAGCUACGAGGUCUCCUAGCCCAUCCUGCGGCCAACAAGCAUGUCUCCUACGGAGGACAUUCUCUGGAAGGUACCGGAGAUUGGGUUCUUCAUGAUGAUACCUACACUCUCCAUGAUAUCGCUGAGGUCUUCAGUGAACCUGACGUGGAUGCAGCAUUACUCAAGGUCUCCCAGGAUGAGAAGCAAACACUAUGUCUCUCUGGAUGUCAUUGGUCUACCGCAGCUGUUACUAAGCAACCAUUUAGCAAGAGUCUCAAUCUCGCAAUCAACCCUCAGGAUGCAAAGCAUGAGGUUGAUGGUGUAUCUGUACUAUUGGAGACCAUUAGGUCAAGGAUUGAGGUACCAUCGCCCUUUGACGUGAUGGAACCACCAACUAUGGGCGUUGGCAUAAAAUGCAAGAUCACCAAGCCGACUGUCCUCAUCUUCCCUGCAGCUAAGGGUGACUGUGCCUUCUUUGCAGUCAGUGACUUCAGUCUGUUUGUUGGAGGAGGCUACAGCAUCAAGAGCUGCUUCUGGAAGUUUGCCAAGCACCUACACAGGGUAGAUGCCGUGAUCCUUCCACACACCCGACCGGACACCGUCAUUGGUAUCAAUAGCCUUCUCAAGAGGAAGAUUGCAGAAAAGAAUCUGGAGGCCCCUGAGAUAGGUGCAGAGGGCUAUGAAAAUUGGCAGAUCAAGUGUAACUCACCAGAGAUUGGUGUCGUCUAUAUGAAUGUUCCUGACAACAAACAAUCACCAAAUAGUCUUGUCUUGAAGACCGUUAGUCAAGGGAACGAGACCACAAAAUUACUUCAGCAGCUGUCCAUUAAGCCAUUCCCUUGCACAGCAAAUGGUGGUAAGGAAAUCAAGCCCAUCACGCUCUACCUCAAGGUUGGCAUAGGGAAGCUGGACAUGUACAUCUUAUCUCCUACCCAAGAUAGCAAGGAGUUGAAGGAUUUCCUACAGCAAUGGAGUGCAGGAAAGGCUUUCAGUAAGGUAAAGACAGGGGUUAAGGUGAAUGGCAAGGAAUCUGAAGUCCCCCUUCCCAAUGCCUGCUCCAUAUGUGCCCUGAUGGUAUGGCAGCCUGCUAGUCCUCAAGAGAACAUUGUCCGUGUACUGUUCCCAGGAAACGCCCCACAGAGCAAGAUCAUAGAAGGUCUAGAUAGAGUCAAACAUCUAGAAUUCUUGAAGUACCCAGAUGCUGUCCAAGCUAGUUCAGGAAAGAUAACAGCAAUGAAGAAGAAAGAUGUAACUGCCAUGAAGAAGGCAGCAGCUAACGCACUUGGAGCAGCUAAUGGUGUUGUGAAUGGAAAACCCUCUCAGACGAAAGAAGUCAACGCAUGUACAGAUGGUGUUCACUGUAACACACCCCCACCUUCUCCUACAGGGGUUUGCAUUGAUGGGAAGAACUGCAAUACACCACCUCCUGCUAACAUAUGUGCUGAUGGUGCACAUUGUAACACUCCUCCUCCAGAAAACAUUUGUUACGAUGGUAAGAAUUGUAACACACCACCACCGGAUAAUGUCUGCCUGGAUGGUGAACAUUGCAAUACUCCGCCUCCAGAAAACAUUUGUUAUGAUGGUAAAAAUUGUAACACUCCACCACCGGAUAAUGUCUGCCUGGAUGGUGAACAUUGCAAUACUCCGCCUCCAGAAAACAUUUGUUACGAUGGUAAGAAUUGUAACACUCCACCACCGGAUAAUGUCUGCCUGGAUGGUGAACAUUGCAAUACUCCGCCUCCAGAAAACAUUUGUUAUGAUGGAAAAAAUUGUAACACACCACCACCGGAUAAUGUCUGCCUGGAUGGUGAACAUUGCAAUACUCCGCCUCCAGAAAACAUUUGUUAUGAUGGUAAAAAUUGUAACACUCCACCACCGGAUAAUGUCUGCCUGGAUGGUGAACAUUGCAAUACUCCACCACCAGAGAAAGAUGUCAACGAAGAUGAUGCUGCUAAUUUUAAUCAGAAUCAACAGCCAGUUAAAUUCAGUUUUGAUGGAGUUAAGGGUAAUGAUAAUCCAGAUAACACCUGUUAUGAUGGUGUUAAUUGUAAUACUCCUCCCCCAGAAGAGGACUAUGAGCAAAAUGGGGUCAAUGGUAAUGUAGAUGGUAUAGCAGCUGUGCAUGGAGGUGACGAAUCCUAUGUUGCUUCUGGCAACAGUCAGCUACCUGAGAGUCAACAGGAAAUUGAGAGUGAUGUUAACCUGAACCCGACUAGUCCAGCACUGGCGAAGAUCGACACUACUAGACUUCAUGGUAGAGAUUCUCCAGAAAGACUUGCUUCUGGCGAAAUUACUCCUGCAGACCUUGUAGAGUAUGGCAUGGAUGAAGAGUCGGAUGGAUUUUCAUCAGGUCAUGGAACUGUAGGGAAUACCCCCGAUCAGCCAGAGCCGCCUAGUGAUCCAACGCAAGAUGACUUUGUUGCAACUGCUUACAGGCCAUCAGAUAGGGAUUCGCCUGAGAUUCAGUCAGAGCAGCCAUCAUCAGGUGUGGACAUGGAAGACGCGUCAACACCAAGUGAUCAGCCACAUCCCUGGGAGCCUACCAUUGAGCUUUCAACAGAUAGUACAGUUGACAGUGCACCUGCUCAAGAUACCCUUUUGGGCUCCCCCGAGAUACAGGUCACAGAGCCUGCAGAAAUGGUUUCAGAAGCACGGGAUUCAGAGAAUAAUGUUAGCCAACAUGGUGCACUUGAGGCAAACUGUGAGCUUGAUGAAUCAUCUGAGGAAAUUUCCCAAGCAUCUGAGAUUGAGGUGAAGCCGAGUAUACCAGAGGAUGAAGCUGAGGACAUGUCAGAUCCACAACCAGAAUUAAUGCAAUAUGAUAGUAGACUAGAAGAAGAGAACACCAAGCCAGAAUCUUUCUUGCCAGAAGCAGAAGGUAACUCUCAGUCUGAAAUGGAAUCAAAGGAGCCCCUGCAAGCAGAGACUGAUGAUGCAUACUCAGUGAGUAAUGCACCUGAGGCAGAGCAAGAACUUGAUGUCAGUGAGGAUACCACAGACUCCAGGGUACCUACCACUGAGCCUGAAGCAGAUCAACAAGAUCUUUCAGAAGAAAGUCAUCUAAUAGAUAGUCAAUUUGUAGUACCUCAGUUUGCGGCACCACAAGAUUUUGGAGAUGAAGUAGACAUUACUGAUGAAACGAAACGUUUUGAAGAAGAGAUCCCCAAGGAAACUGAUCUGGAUGAAGCUAUCAAAGAAAGAGACCUUGAUGAGGUUCAAGAAGGGGAAGAGGUUGUCCAGGAAACAAAUUUGGAUGAAGUUGAACCAGAAAUGACGCAAGAAACUGACCUUGAUGAUUUUGCAAUGGGUGUUCAGCAAGAACUGGAAGCAGAUGUUUCACCCAAGCAAAAAUCAUCUGAGCAAUUCAAUAUGGAUGUCAGUGGUGCAGUAGAAGUAGAUCAGAUUCAGGGCCCAGUAGAUCCCAUCGGUGACAUUAUGGAACAAUGGAAACAACCCAACACCAGUGACGUAGAAGAAGUCGCACAGAGCCUUGUUGAAGAUACCAAUCUUGUACCAGAGGAGUUUGACCAGACUGAGCAAUUGAAAGUUGAGGAAAAUAGACAAGAGAUUAUUCAAGACAACAAUGAUACAACUGAACCCAUGCUUGGUCAAUCAGAACUACCUGGAGAUGAAGUAGAAGAAAUCAGACAGGGCUUAGGUGAAGACUUAAUUGCUCCAUCUGGGUUUUGUGAGCAAACAGAAUCUGAAAUAAAGGAAGUUGGUGACGUUAUGGAGCAAUCGGAACAACCCAACACCAGUGACGUAGAAGAAGUCGCACAGAGCCUUGUUGAAGAUACCAAUCUUGUACCAGAGGAAUGUGACCAGGCUGAGCAAUUGAAAGUUGAGGGAAACAGGCAAGAGCUUAUUCAAGACAACAAUGAUACAACUGAACCCAUGAUUGGCCAAUCAGAACUACCUGAAGAUGAAGUAGAAGAAAUCAGACAGAGCUUAGGUGAAGACUUAAUUACUCCAUCUGGGUUUUGUGAGCAAACAGAAUCUGAAAUAAAGGAAGUUGGUGACGUUAUGGAGCAAUCGGAACAACCCAACACCAGUGACGUAGAAGAAGUCGCACAGAGCCUUGUUGAAGAUACCAAUCUUGUACCAGAGGAAUGUGACCAGGCUGAGCAAUUGAAAGUUGAGGGAAACAGGCAAGAGCUUAUUCAAGACAACAAUGAUACAACUGAACCCAUGAUUGGCCAAUCAGAACUACCUGAAGAUGAAGUAGAAGAAAUCAGACAGAGCUUAGGUGAAGACUUAAUUGCUCCAUCUGGGUUUUGUGAGCAAACAGAAUCUGAAGUAAAGGAAGUUGGACAUGAACUUGACCAAGCCAAGAGUGAUUCUCCUGUCAUCAUGGGACAAUCAGAACAACCUGAAGAAGAUGAAGUAGAGGAAGUAAGACAGAGCCUUGAUGAUGACACUAAUAUUGCUCCUGAAUUCUUUGAGAAAACAGAACAACCCGAUGAUGCUCUUAUCCAAGAAUCUGCUCAAGAGAUUGUUCAGGAGGCUGUUGGUGCAGCGGUAGGUGUUGUUGAAAGGGAUCAAAUUCUGAGUGAAGACACAUUUGAAAAAGACGAAAUUCCACAAGAUACAGUUCUAGAUUCUCAAGAAGACUUUGGAACAGAUGUUGAUGCUGGGAGAGACAACAUUCCACCUGUUGAAGAACGCUAUCUGUUAGAAGAAAAUGAUGUGAAAGAGGAAAUGGUGUCUGUUACAGAACCAACAAUUUCGGAUUCUUUGGAGCAAAAUGCAACUGAUUCACUAGAGGACUUGCAAAAUGACGUUGCUUCAGAUGUUGACAUCCCUCCGGUUAUUGAGGAAGAAGUUACUGUACAUGUUGAGGAAAAACAGGAAGUAGUAGCAGAGGAAAGUAAUAUGCCUGAUGUUACAUUAGCUCCUACUGUGGAUGUAGGUGAGGCAGCAGACAUUGGGGAGGAAAAUGUAGUUGUCCCGGGGGUAGAAAUUGAAAUGAAACCUGAACCAGCUGCUGAACCAGUGAUUUCUGAUGAAGCAGUAACCCCUUCCUAUUCUUCUCCACCUAUUGAAGAACAAAGCAUGCAAGAGUCUAAAGAAUCUGAUACAGUACUCAAAGAACCAGAUCUCUUAAAAGAGAGUCUGGGUAAUGUUCUUGAAUCACCAACAGUACAAGAAAAACAUGAAAUCCAAAGUAAAACGGUGAUUGUUGAAAGUUCAUCCAUUUCUGUUAGUAAAUCAACCAAAAGCUCAAAUGAGUCCAGCGGAAAGCGUACACCUUCACCAGUAAAGUCAUCAAACAAGAAUCUGAAAGAUAAGGACAAGACCAAGAAAGCAACUGAUAAGACAAAGGCUUCUGAUUCCAAGGCAAAAACUGGAAAUAAAAGUCCACUUUCAUCAAAAACAGCAGAGAAAAAGACAAGUGUGAAGACUUCUACAACUCCUGCUCUCAAGAAAGCUGUAUCUGAGAAGAAAACUCCAUCUGAAACAAAGUCAACAGUUAGGAAAUCACUCGUUGAUAAGAAAGCAUCAGAAAAGAAACCAGCUGAGAAAAAGACUCCUUCUGAAAAGAAGACUGCUGCUGAGAAAAAGAUUCCAGCAGAUAAGAAGCCCCCUCAAAAAUCGAAGUCGCCAACUUCUAGCAGAGGGACAGAGAAGAAGUCAUCAUCUCUUGCAUCCAAAAGCAGUCAACAGGAGUCAUCAGUUAGCACAGAUGGUCCGUCAAAGAAAGUAAAUGGAGUUUCCUCAAAGUCAACAACUCAAAAGAAAACUAGCACCCUUGCAUCAACACCAACAAGUAGACCAGGGGCCAAGCAACCAGAUUCACGACCAUCAACAGGAGGAAGGCCAACCUCGGGUGCAAAGAAAGCGGGAGAUUCAAAGAAAACAAGUGACAGACCAACAAAAUCAGCACCUUCCUCCAGAGGAGAUGCCAAGUCAAAUGGUGUGAAGAAGGCUACAUCCAAGACAUCUCAACCAUCAAAAGCAACAAGCAUUCCAGCCAGCGGGCCUGCCGUCCAUCUUGACCUUGCCUACAUACCCAAUCAUGCCAGUGCAGAUAGCAUCAAUUCUGAGUUUUUCAGACGGGUUAGAGCCAAGAACUAUGUCAUCAGUGCCAAUGACAAAUCAAAGAACCAACCUGCAGUAGCUGUUCUUGACGCUCUUCUUGAAGGCAAGAUGAAAUGGGAAGAUACCGAGGCAGAGGUCACUGUUAUUCCAACGUAUGACUACUUAUCUCUACGCGAUUGGGAAUUAACAAAACAUCAAGAGCUCUCCAAAGCCAAAAUAGAGAUCUCGCAGCCUGCAUGCAGAAGCAUUGUGCAAAUGAAAGAUGAAAACUUCUUCAUGUACAAGGUAGAGUUGUAAAAUUGCUAAGUGAUAAUAAAUCUUGAGAGAGAGUAUUGGAAUGUCCAAUCCACUUUACGUAUGACUCUAUUUUCUAUUUACAAAAGUGUCCAAGAUGCUUCAUGCAAUGUCUGUUACUCUAUUCUUUGUAUUUGUGUAUUGUAUUUGUAAAAAUCAAAUGUAUAAAAUAAACCAAAGUACAUUUAAAAUAUAACGGCAUAAAAUGCCUUUAUAAAUUGCGUAAAUUGUGUACAGUUUGUUUUUGUUUUGUGCAUGAAGAGUAGAGCUGAAAGAUGUUUUACUCAUCAAAGAAAAUAUGUGAUCAAUUAGAUACUAAAGGCUUUUCAAAGCAUGUUAUAAAGUUGCUUGAUUGAUGUGAUAUAUAUUUAUAUAUAUAGUGUAUAGUGAGCAUAAAUGAGUUAAAAUGUACUUCGAUUGGGAAGCCUUCCUUGGUAAUCCUGAAACAUGAUGAAAUCUGAAUAUGGAUAUCCUAAUUUCAGAUCGUUCAUGUAGUUUAAUGAGGAUCAGAGGAAAUCCUCUGAUGUGUUUAACCUUUACAGUAAUGUAUUACACUAGUAGAGGUCAUUGACCUAUUUUACUUUAUCAAGUGGUCGUUGACCUAUCGUGCGAAGAAUCAUGCAACAGUGAUAAAGUCAUGUGCAACAGGCAAAAACAAAACUUUCUUAUAUAUAAUCAAACUGGGUCAAACAAAAGUAAAGUUGUAGUAAAGAAUGCUUUAUUCAUGCAUUGUUAUUAUAUAUUAUUUUUAUGGUAAUCAUUGUUCAUUUUUCCUUUUGGACAAAUGCAAUGAAGUGUAUGUUUUAAAUUCAAUAUUGAUAGUUUUACAAAAUUUUGAAAAAUAAUAUGGGCAUGCAUUCUCAUAGCAGAUUUUUUCUGCAUUCCUCUAAAAUAUAGCCAUGAUUCAUAUAAUGUAAUACGUUUUGUACUUUCAUUGAAAAAAAAUAAUGCGUCAUAUAAUGAGAAAAAGUAAUCUAGCAUUUUUUAUCUCCUCUAAAUGCUGUUAUAAAUAUGUACAAUCAAAAGUACAUAGCUUGAUUUAAGAAUGAAAAUUCCCCUUCUAAUUUUUUUCUUAUUUUUGUUCAAGAAUCUGGAUAAGAUUAAUUUGCAUCAUCAUUAUGUUAUUGGAUCAUAUCUGAGGAUGUGGAAACCUAGCUCUCAAUCUGAUGGAACAUAUAUGCUACUUGAAAAAUCCAUAUGUAUUGCACAUUUUUUUGUAACAAAAGUUAAAAUUCUGUAUUAAUGUAACUUGUAUGAAAUCACAGUCAAUGCUCUACAUCAGAUAUGUGUUUUUGUUAUAAUCUCAGUGAUAUGGCAAUUAAUUUAAACUGUAUUUCCACUUUUCAAAAUAUUCCCCUAAAUGAUUGUUGCUGUAUGUCCAGUCCGACUAUUUAUCCUAAUAAUAAUUUAUUCCUUUUAAAUGAGGGUUCAGAUUUCGAUGUGAUUGUGUGUAUAGGGAAACAUUAUGGCGGUUCCCUGCUGUAUAUAAAUUCAUAUGUACAGUUAUGACCAAAUAUUUUAUGAUAGGCAUUUGCAGUUAAUGGAUUUCAUAGACAGUUUGUAAAAAGUGUUCAUAGGAAACAUCUACGGUAAAUCAUGGAAUAGGUCCAUAGGUAAAUUAAUAUAGGGCUUGUGCAUUCAUCCAUACUUUCUGACUUAGGAUAUAUUACCCUCCUAAUCCAAAUUUGUGCAAUUCAAUGGCUUUGCGAUAAAGCUUCUCUACUAAUACUUUUAAUGCAAAUCAUGUUUAAUUUGAAUGAUUGUAAAGACUUCAGGCUUUCAUACUUGUGUGAUUUCAUAUUGAUAGAAAGUACUGAUUUUUGAUAAAUGAUUUUUUUUGGUUGCAUAAUUAGUCUGAUUUAUUUUAUUAGGUUACAAUCCAGCUAUCAGCGUGAAUCUUGCCCUGUCAUAUUGAAAUAUUUUCAUGCCUAUAUACAACUUUACCAACAUUUUAACGUAUUCACCCUGAUGCAUGAAUCACUCAACUCUAUCAUAAUAUCAUCUUGAUAGUCUGUAUCCAAAUCUCAGCUAAAAUUACUGAAUAUGCAAGGUUUAGAUGCUGUACUUAACUUUGUGCGGGCACUUUGCACCCUAAGGGCAUAUGUUUAAUUUGAUGAAGAUUAUGAUAACAGGAACAAAAACUUAGCACUGCCCUGUUAAGCAAAAGUGGGCUUUGAGUUUUCUCUAUUUACUUAUAAUGCUGUAUACUUUUGUGUUAUAUUUGUGUGAAAACUACCCACUUACUGAUCAGAACUUGUCGAAGUCAAAUCUCAUAAUUCGUAGCCAGUGGGGUUUUCACUCUCAUAGGAGGAAGCUUAAUAAUGACUUAUUUGGGAUGACUAUUACUGUAGAUGCAUAUUAAAAAUAAUGUGUUUGACAUUUAUUAUAAUCUAUUUAAAUAUGUGAAAGUAUAUCAACAUUUCUUUAAGAGUAAUUUGGAUUGUUCCUUCUCCAUCCUUCAUUUAUAUCAAUUGCCAAUAUAUGCCAGUGUUUAAACUUAUCUACAGUAACUGUGUAAAAGAAUGACACAGUAGUCUAUAAUAUCCUAAUUGUUUCUCUUGUCCAAAAGCUAACAGCGUCCUGAAAUAUAUAUGAAAAAUCAUAUAUCUGCCAAAUCCUUGCCUGACCAAGCAACAAGCAGCUUGUACAGUAUCUUUCUGUCUUUUGUAAACACCUAGUCAUAUACAGGGAUUGUACUCAAAUUUUCCUAACAAACAAUGAAUUUUAAAGAAAUGUGGCUGAUUUGCCAAAUAUUUUGAGGAUGGGGCAAGAAGGAUUAUUCAUGCUAUAAUAAUUUUACAAUGAAAAAAAAAGAAAUAUACCUUUUUAAUAGUAAUCACGGUAGACUAUGCUUAUUUUGUCCGAUGCUCUGAAUUACUCUUUCAUGUAUUUACAUUUAUAUAUUAUUCAUCAAAUUUUAUUGCUAAAUUGUAAGCCAGUUGAAGGAACAAAACUAAGCCAUCAAUGAUGCUCUAUCUUUAAAAUUUGUUGUAAUUUGUGAAUGUGAUAUCUCUUUAAAACAUUUUGUUUAUUUUUUUAUCCAAAUAUUUCUUUUCGAAAUGUGAUACUACUAUCCCAAUUUCUCAUGAUCUUAUAAUAUACAAGAUGCAGGGUUUUGUUGUUCCCCAUUGGUAUUUUGAGCUCUUUUUCCCAGUUGUGACUGUUUGUGGCAGGUAAGGUGUUUUGGUAAUUACCGAGAGCAUUUACUUGUCAAGUUCCUCUCUGAGUUCCAUUGCUUUAACACCUUUUCUCCCUUUAGCCAACCAAUCCAUUCACAAGUUGUAAUUGUUGUCAUAUGUUCUUAUCUAUCUGUACUUGCUGGUUUUCCCCCCGACUGCUUCUCUUUCUCUUCAUAUUUUGCUUUUCCACCCCCCCCCCAUUUUCCCCCCUCCCCCUCUCUCUCUCUUGCUAUUUCUGUUGACUAUUUUUUUUCUUUUGUAAAACGAUCAUGCAUAUGAUGCCUGUAGAGAUGUGUGGAGUGUGAAUGCAUGAUAUUAUGCAUUAGCAUAAUUUUUAUGUGAUAGAUGUUAUGCACCUGUCACGUGAAGACUGCUAAUUAGGCAUCCCCGGUAUCUUAUUUCAUUAUGAUCUGAUUACAUAUUGAAAAGAGAGAUGUAGUAAACUUGAUAAAUGAUAUUCUAUUUGAAUAUCUCUCAGAGAAGUGACAGGAAAGAAAUCAUUCAUACUUUACUGAUGUCAUGAAUUUGUAGAGGAAAUGCAGUGUUGUGUAUUACUAUGUUGCUAUUUAAUGUACAGAUGGGGUUGUUCUGUCAACUGUCUAGUUUUAGUAGGGAUUGAUUCAAAGUGGUUUUACAUUUGUAAGGACACAUUUGGUGACUUCCAAGUUGUAAUCGUAACUGAUUCAAACAUGUUCAAACUUAAAUAUAAGAAGUAGAAAAUAACUAUUUUACAAUUUAAGCAUGGUAAUAAGAUAUGUUGAGAUUCAUGCUCAGAUACAUGUAGUUUGAUUCCUACUUUCCUAAGUGCAAAAUCAUUCCUAUCUAUUUUGUGGUUUUCAUUUGAUUAUUUAAUUGAUGUAUUUGAAGAGAAUUUGUAAAGAUUUCAAUCAUGUCAUGAAUAACUUGAUUGACAUUACAUGGAGACUUUGUUAUUAGGUUUGAUGUGUUUUGGCCUUACUUACAGCAUAGCAUAGGGAGAGUAUGCAAGAGAGUGGACUUUCAAUGUUUACUUCAAGACACCAUUUUAAAACUUGUACUAUUGAUACUACAUGUGCUUCCGUUUUCUUCAAUGAUCAAAUCUGAUUUUUUUCUUCUUUGUAGCAUGUGCCUGAAUCAUCAUGAUCUAAGUCUAUGUAGAAUUUACUUUGACUAUCUGAAGUCUAAGUAAUUAAUUAUUCUGUAAAUUGUUUUUAGAUAACAGAGUAUUGUUUUGUUUGACUGCAAAUAUAUAUCUACAUGUAUGUA